GCCCUCCGCGGCCGCCCGCCCCCAGCACGGCCCGGCCCCCCGCCGCGGACGCCCCCACUUCCCCUCGGUCCCCUCGGUCCUUCGGCGCAGGGUCGGCAUGGCGCGCGCGCUGGGGCCCGAGCGGCGGCUCCUGGCCGUCUACACCGGCGGGACUAUCGGCAUGCGGAGCGAGCAGGGCGUGCUCGUCCCCGGGAGGGGCCUGGCCGCUGUCUUGAGGACACUGCCCAUGUUCCAUGAUGAAGAGCACGCCCGGGCCUGUGGCCUCCCUGAGGACACCUUGGUGCUGCCGCCGGCCAGCCCUGACCAGAGAGUCAUCUACACGGUGCUGGAGUGCCAGCCCCUCUUUGACUCCAGUGACAUGACCAUCACCGAGUGGGUUCAGAUUGCCCAGACCAUCGAGAGACACUAUGAGCAGUACCACGGGUUCGUGGUCAUCCACGGCACUGACACCAUGGCCUUCGCGGCCUCCGUGCUCUCCUUCGUGCUGGAGAACCUGCAGAAAACCGUCGUCCUCACUGGCGCCCAGGUGCCCAUCCAUGCCCUGUGGAACGAUGGCCGAGAGAACCUGCUGGGGGCCCUGCUCAUGGCCGGCCAGUACGUGAUCCCCGAGGUCUGUCUGUUCUUCCAGAAUCAGCUGUUUCGGGGCAACCGAGUGACCAAGGUGGACUCGCGCAGGUUCGCGGCCUUCUGCUCCCCCAACCUGCCCCCUCUGGCUGUUGUGGGCACUGACGUCCUAAUCAACCGGGAGCUGGUGCGGAAGGCCCGAGGCAAGGACCGGCUGGUCGUGCACAGCAGCAUGGAGCGGGACGUGGGCCUGCUGCGCCUCUACCCCGGGAUCCCCGCCGCCCUGGUCCGGGCCUUCCUGCAGCCCCCCAUGAAGGGCGUGGUCAUGGAGACGUUCGGCUCGGGGAACGGGCCCACGCAGCCCGAGCUGCUGGGGGAGCUCCAGGCGGCGGCGCAGCGAGGCCUCAUCAUCCUCAACUGCACUCACUGCCUCCAGGGCGCCGUGACCUCCGACUACGCGGCCGGCAUGGCCAUGGCGGGCGCCGGCAUCAUCUCAGGCUUCGACAUGACGUCAGAGGCGGCGCUGGCCAAGCUGUCCUAUGUGCUGGGCCAGCCGGGGCUGAGCCUGGACGGCAGGAAGGAGCUGCUGGCCCGGGACCUGCGGGGGGAGAUGACGCUGCCCACGGGCCACGAGCGCCGGCCCUCCCUGAGCUGCAGCACACUGGGUCGGGGGGUUGCCCAGCUCCUCGCUCUGAGCCAGGAGGCCGACGCCCUGCGGGACGCUCUGCUGCCUGGUCUGGCCUGUGCCGCGGCCCACGCUGGCAACCUGGAGGCGCUGCAGGCGCUUGUGGAGCUGGGCAGCGAUCUGAGCCUAGAGAACUUCAACGGUCAGACUCCUCUGCACGCGGCCGCCCGGCGAGGCCAGGCCGGGGCGGUCACCAUGCUGCUGCAGAGAGGGGUGCCUGUGGACACCCGAGAUGAGGACGGACUCAGCCCGCUGCUGCUGGCCGUGAAGGGCAGGCAUCGGGGUGUCAUUGGGCUGCUGCGGGCAGCUGGGGCCUGCCUGUCCCCCCGGGAGCUGGAAGACGCGGGGACGGAGCUGUGCAGGCUGGCGGCCAGGGCCGACCUUGAAGGCCUUCGGUCUUGGUGGCAGGCGGGGGCUGACCUGGGGCGGCCGGGCUACGACGGGCGCAGUGCCCUGCUUGUUGCAGAGGCGGCCGGGAACCUGGAAGUGGUGACCUUUCUGCAGCACGUCCAGGGUGGGGCACCUGAAGUCCUGCCUGGUGUCUGACUGACCUGAAGCUGUCCUGCUGCGGUGUAAGCCACGACUUCCGGUUGCGACCUGCUGGAGGGGAUCGCGGGCACCCCGGCCGGUGACUCUGCCUGAGAUGUGCCCCCACUGCCGGGACUGUGUCCCAUCCCAUCUCCAAGACAGUCUUUGUGGGGUGGAGUGGCAAUAAAGUCUCUCCGGGGCCCCCUCCCCCGGUCCCCAA